UUCUGUUUGUCGCAUGUAAACAAACAUAAAAUGAAAAUUUUCUCGACAUUUCUCUAAUAUUAACUGCUCACUUGAAGUGAACAUUCGUUUAGCAUAAACGCAGGUUAAGGACCAAAUGAUGUUAUUGAUGAUAUCGACGUUAUGGAAAUUCACAUUCAAAUGAGGAAGUUCAAGGUUUUAAUGCAGUUUUUAUGAGAAAGUUGCUUAGUAAUGGCAAUCCUGACGUGUCCUGACUCUACGAUGUAGAAGCAAUCAGCCAAAUCACCCUGUGAACACAGGCUUCCUGUAGUCUUUGCCUCUGCUCGUCUGUUUUAGGGCACUUCAUUCUUCUCUGUGAUUGGCCAGAGUCGGCUGUCUCGCCUCUCUCCCUGACCAAUGGCUGCUCGGAGUUUGCGGGAGCUUUGGGAUCGGCUGGCUUCUUUGAGAUGACCAGUGUACUGCUCUCUGUUCUGGGCUUCCGUACCAAUAUUAAAGCAGAAGUAUUUUUGAGGAAGAUGUCGGCCUUUCCAUCUUCGUCGUCCAAGAGUCUCACCUCCACCCCACUCAAAUCCAAACCCAGUGCCCUAGGAAGUGCCCUACAGUACAGCAGAAGUGUGGAGUCUAUUGGGGACUCGACCUCCUCUCUGCUGUCACCCAUCUACCACGACAGCUUUGAGCAUUCAGAGGAGGAACCAGAGAUAGACGAGGAUCAACCCGUUCACAACGUCACCGCCACAUUAAGUGAAGAUGUCGCAGCGGUCUCUCUCUCCAGGGAUGAGGUGGAAACAACAGGCCUGGAAGACAGAUCUUCUUCUGCACGGUUCAAACUGAGCGCGUGGGAACAGUGGAUCGUUGAUAAAGCAAAAGAGGAGCGGAUCAGAAAGGAACAGAAAGCUGUGCAGGAGCUCACUAUGAAGGAAAAACAGGAUAAACAGGAGAGAGAACAACAGAAGAAGAAAGUUGCCAGUGACUGCAAAAUUCAAGAAUGGCUGCAAAUAAAACGAGAGCAGGAAAAGAAAGAAAGAGUAUCCAAAGAUUUUCAGAAAAGCAAAGAACAACUUCAAGAGGAGAAAAUACAUGCCGAGAUUGAAAGAAAAGCCCAGGAGAAAUAUAAGGAGUGGCUUCGAAAGAAAAAACAAGAGGAGGUGGAGAGAAAGCUAAAAGAGCAGGAGGAGGCGGCCAGAAGGGAAGUAGAAGAGAGGGAACGUAAAGAAAAGGCGGAGGAGAGCUUUAAAGAAUGGCUUGAAGGUGUAAAAUCUAAAGGAAAACUGAGGCGACCCAUGUCAGCAUGCUCAGCCGGCACCUAUAACAAUGUGAGCUAUCCCACUCCAAGCUUCGUCAACCCCAUUCCGUGGAAGCCCAUUCACAUUCCGCAGCAAGACCAAACGCCCAAGAAAAAAAAUGUGCCACGUAAGAGAUCGCCAGGACCACCAAAAAGCCAGUCGACCCCCUGCCUCAGCUACAGACCUAAAGACACCAUCAGUUUCACUUGCAAAAGACGGUGACGCUGACAUCUACUGGUUUGAGCGUUUUUAUGAAAGGAGCAUUUCAUCCAUUUUUGGGAAUAGAUGAUGAUGUUGGUGUCUAUGACACAGCACAAAACCAUACAUUGAAAAGUGACUUUUUUUAUGAAUUCAAAAUCUUUUCUGUGGUUGCUAAUAUUUGGUUUAAUGUGUCAAAUGUAUUUUUGAAUAUGAUGAAAUACAGACCAUUUUCCUCUUUGUAAAACACAAGUGUCUGACUGGAAAGCAUGCCCAGUGUUAUUUUAAUUAACAAAAUAAUGUUGUUCUUAGCGCUCGGGAUGUCCCGGAUACUGGUAUUGGAAUCCGGUCCGAUACCACGCACGUGUACACGUACUUGUGCUCAAAAAUUCUCUGAUACAAAAAAUGGAUCCCAUCUGAUCAUCAUUACUUUUAUUUACUUAUUAUAUAUAUAUAUAUAUAUAUGUGGCCUUUUGGCUUUUUACUGGGAUAGGUAAAGUAGAGAGGUGACAGGAAAUGAGUGGGAAUGGGGUCGAGAAGGGACCUCACGAGCCGGGACUCAAACUCGGGUCACCUGCGAUGCAUUAGCACCACAUGUCAUGAGCUAGGCUGUCAUUCCUUAAACAUUCAGCACACAAAUUAAAAUCACAUUAUGUCCUUGUGUGAUUAUUAAACUGCAAAGGCAGUGAUUUAAUGAGAUAAAUAUAUAGUUUGCAAGUGUGUUGCCAGUGUCAUCGGACACUUUUGUUGCAGCAGAUGACGGUGAGCAGAGUGCUAAUUUACUUUGUAGCACGCAGUGCAUACAGACUACAUACACUCACCUAAAGGAUUAUUAGGAACACAUACUAAUACUGUGUUUGACCCCCUUUCGCCUUCAGAACUGCCUUAAUUCUACGUGGCAUUGAUUCAACAAGGUGCUGAAAGCAUUCUUUAGAAAUGUUGGCCCAUAUUAAUAGGAUAGCAUCUUGCAGUUGAUGGAGAUUUGUGGGAUGCACAUCCAGGGCACGAAGCUCCCGUUCCACCACAUCCCAAAGAUGCUCUAUUGGGUUGAGAUCUGGUGACUGUGGGGACAUUUUAGUACAGUGAACUCAUUGUCAUGUUCAAGAAACCAAUUUGAAAUGAUUCGAGCUUUGUGACAUGGUGCAUUAUCCUGCUGGAAGUAGCCAUCAGAGGAUGGGUACAUGGUGGCCAUAAAGGGAUGGACAUGGUCAGAAACAAUGCUCAGGUAGGCCGUGGCAUUUAAACGAUGCCCAAUUGGCACUAAGGGGCCUAAAGUGUGCCAAGAAAACAUCCCCACACCAUUACACCACCACCACCAGCCUGCACAGUGGUAACAAGGCAUGAUGGAUCCAUGUUCUCAUUCUGUUUACGCCAAAUUCUGACUCUACCAUCUGAAUGUCUCAACAGAAAUCGAGACUCAUCAGACCAGGCAACAUUUUUCCAGUCUUCAACUGUCCAAUUUUGGUGAGCUCUUGCAAAUUGUAGCCUCUUUUUCCUAUUUGUAGUGGAGAUGAAUGGUACCCGGUGGGGUCUUCUGCUGUUGUAGCCCAUCCGCCUCAAGGUUGUGCGUGUUGUGGCUUCACAAAUGCUUUGCUGCAUGCCUCGGUUGUAACGAGUGGUUAUUUCAGGCAAAGUUGCUCUUCUAUCAGCUUGAAUCAGUCGGCCCAUUCUCCUCU